AUAUUGCAUAUAUUAUCGUAAUAACAUAACGAAGAAUUAAUCACUAACACAAUAUAUUUGCCAUAAUACACAAAGCAACAAACGUUUCUUUUUUCAUUUCUAAGGAUUCACUUGUUUUGUAUUACGCGGUUGCCCGUUGAAGUAGUGUUCACGUUUUGUCUUUGCCGCUGUUCUAUCCACUCAGGCGGAGUGUACAAGAGUUUAAAACAUACUCACCCACAAUUCAGAGGGCGUUACCGCAUAAAUGCUCCGUACGUGAAAGUGAUUGGUUAUAUUUGUGUGUCAGUCAAUGAGCGGAGAACAAACAUACCCGCCCAGCGGCAGCGCAGCGAGGGCAGUGACAUAAAGAGGAGUUUGAGGAGGAGAGAACAGGGAAAUGAAGUUGUCAGACAGGCCAGAAAAAAAAAAGCCCCGCACACACUCACUCCUCACCACAAACACAGCUAGCAAGUUAGGUGACAGUUGGUGACGAGCGGAGAGGUUUUUCACUGAAUACCACAGCUAUGAAGGUCGUCCUGUCUGCAGUCGGUUGCCACGUUUAGUACGGGAUACACGGCUACGGCAACACACAACGUUACGGGCAGUUCGGAGUAAACGCUGCGGAGAAAGAAGAGUGGAAAGUGGAAACAAGUUAGCCUGUUAGCUCACCUUUAGCCACGGAGCCUCCUUCAGCCUGAAAAAGCAGAGUUCAUUUGAUCAGAGCUUGGAUAAACAUCACCACAUCACACCACACCACAGCCAUGCCUUUUCCUUUUGGGAAGUCUCAGAAGAGUCCGGCUGAAAUAGUCAGGAGCUUGAAGGAGAAUGUCGCAUACAUGGAAAAGCUGGAUUCUGCAGACAGCAAAAAGUGUGAAAAGGUUGCAGAGGAGGUGUCCAAAAACCUGGCCUCACUGAAGGAGGUCCUGUGUGGUACGGGUGACAAAGAGCCUCAGACUGAAGCUGUGGCUCAGCUGGCUCAGGAGCUGUACAACACCAACCUGCUCAUCGCUCUCAUCGCAAACCUGCAGAGGAUUGACUUCGAGGGGAAGAAGUAUGUGGUUCACUUGUUUAGCAAUAUCGUCCGACGUCAGAUUGGCACGCGCACGCCCACAGUGGAGUACAUCUCCACGCACCCAGAGAUCCUCUUCAUGCUUCUGAAAGGAUAUGAAAGUGCAGAGGUGGCGCUGAACUGCGGGAUGAUGCUGAGGGAAUGCCUGCGUCACGAGCCUCUGGCGAAGAUAGUGCUGAUCUCAGAAGAUUUCUACUGUUUCUUCCAUUACGUGGAGCUCUCCACCUUCGACAUCGCCUCGGACGCUUUCGCCUCGUUCAAGGAUCUCCUCACCAGACACAAGAUCAUGUGCGCCGAUUUUCUGGAGAACAACUACGACAGGGUCUUCACGGAGUACGAGAAGCUCCUGCACUCUGACAACUACGUUACCAAACGACAGUCACUGAAGCUGCUCGGAGAACUGCUCCUGGACAGACACAACUUCACUGUCAUGACAAAGUACAUCAGCCGAGCCGAGAACCUGAAGCUGAUGAUGAACCUGCUCAGAGACAAGAGCCGAAACAUCCAGUUUGAGGCCUUCCACGUCUUCAAGGUUUUCGUGGCCAAUCCCAACAAGACUCAGCCCGUGCUGGACAUACUGCUGAAGAACCAGGCCAAACUGGUGGACUUCCUGAGCAAUUUCCAGACGGACCGAUCUGAGGACGAGCAGUUCUGCGACGAAAAGAAUUACCUAAUUAAGCAGAUCAGAGACCUGAAGAGGCCCACGGCUCCGGAGGAGGCCUAACGCUCUGGGCGGCUUCUCCACUGGGCUGGUACAGUUUAGAGGUAGUGACCGUAGAGGGCUGAGUGAGAGUCUGAGAGACGUGCUUCAGUAAGAGUUAAUAUAAAACUAAAAAAACCAAAAAGGUAUAAAAAAAAAAAAAUCUUACUCGCUUCAUUUUCUUUUCCGAGUGUGGAAAUCGAGACCGGCUCCAUCCUGAAGCCUCAGUGGGCCAAGAACUGUUAUUUAAACCAUAGUGUUUCUUCUUUAGUCAUAAAAUGCACUUAGUUUCUUUUCAGUGAUGUUUGACCGGAAACUGUUAUCCUGCCAUGACGUUGGUCGUUUUGACAGAUACCC